AUGGACAAUCUAUCGUCUUCCUUGUCCUUGACAGGCACGACCACUUAUACACAGCAAUCUGUCAGCACCUUCCAUCAGGAUGUUCCCAGACAAACGUACACUACAGCCGGUACCAUCUACAAUCCCAAGAAUUCUCAGCCGCUCCAGCCUCCCGUCCGUCGUGGACGGACGCUCAAAUGGCCGCCUCCAGGUGGUCCUGCCUCUGAACUUGCCCUCUUUCCAAAGUCGGUUCUCGCCAAUUUGCCCAUGAAGGCCCAGAGCAUCUGCAAUACCCCUACUAGUCCUCUUUUCAACCAAGUUCCCAGAUACUCGCCUCUUCAGCAAAAUUAUGACCGCGCUGUUAGCCCAGUCACAGACCACAGCCGCCAUUCUCUGAAUGGUCAAGAUAUACGAAACGUAUCUAUCUCCCGCAUGUCCUCCCUCAAUAUGAACGAUGAGCCAGCCUCUCCAGUUGCGGCUACUAUGACCACAGCUGUCAUGGACAAACAAGUUGAUGCCGAAAUUAGCAGCGAGGAGGAUGAUGAGAGCUUCGGGGAGAACCCUCUCAAAGGCCUUACCGUCAAAUCUCUUCACAACCUGGCUUCAUAUCCCAACCCGAACCAGAAAAGAGCUCAGAGGGCGCUUCUUCGUGCUCGGCCGGGUGCCACCCCUGCUCCCUCUACCGAAACCAACGGCAGCCGCACUGCAACUCCAGUCCUUUGUGGCAUUCCUUUUCUGGGAGAUGCAUCUGGUAUAGGACAAGAUGGCUCCCAUUCUCCCGGUAUGUUCCGCUCUGCUAAAACCGACCCUGCGGAUAUCCUCAAGCUGCAGGCCGAAUCCAAGGCUGCUAGAGAUCUCUCGGGCAUCUGGAGAGCUGGAACCAACGGAGUUGCUACGCCUCCCAGCCCCUUCACCAUCUACAACACUCAAAGAAAUAGCCAAGCUGGAGGAUACAAGUCGACACUGGCGACUGGCCCUGGUGCCCCGUUGCCUUUGACUGCUGGCCCCCCUGGCCAGCGUCAAUAUAGGGCUUCUACAUUUGAGACCACUUUGAAGGCUCUCCAGACCGGCCCCAAGGCUAAUAUAUCUAGCGGGGAGCCUGUGGCUGCUGAUAAAAGAGCUGGCUGUCCAAUCGUGAACCAGAGUGUUCCUCAGGACCUGCCCAGGCUCUCCGGAACGGCAACUCCCGAUCAUUUGAACGCCAAUCUGCCUAUGCUUCUCUGCGAUUCAACACCAGACGAAGACACUUGGACGAAGGCAGCCGAUCUGAGAGCGACAACUCCUGCUUUAUUUGAAACCUUACUUGAUGCUGUGAAGCAAAGAACUGAUGAGCAAACCCACCGAAUUGCCACGGGCCUAGGUACAGCCAUGGAAGGCAAGCAGGGCUAUCCGUAUGGCUCCUCCAACCCUGGCAACCUUGGUCGUUAUAAAAAUGAUGUACAAGAAAGCCAUAUCCACCGCAUCCGCACCGAUCUGAAGCCUGGUACUUGGAAAAUCGCCGACGAGGUGUUGGAGAGACGUAAUGAGAGAAUCAGUCGCCUGUUCUACGCAGGUACCGGGCAGCUCGGCAGAUCUUUGGAAUCCGUUACGAGAGACGCCGAGUUCCGUCAGUUCAAACGACAGGUGGGGGUGAUUGGCGAGGGGCGACCCAAGCCCAAGCCAGAGAAGGUCGAGUAUCCGCCCAUCUCUGCCCAGAUGGUCAACAAUAUGACGGACAAGGAGGUAUCCGAACCAUUUGUCACUAUGACUCUCUCGGCGCUUUUGAACCACGUGGAGGCAGGCAUCAAUGGUGAUGGAUUUCACCAGUGGAAGGAUCCAGAACUUUCCUUGGUUGAAGGGCCUGAUAAGGGACGGUGGGACUGUCCUCGCAUCCACGCCGCCGGUCAGUGUCAGGAGCCAAACUGUCCACUUAGCACCGACGCCGACCUCAAGCAGUCCGCGAAACACCCGUUGCCCAACAUGAGCUACGGCAAGAAAGACGAAGAUGCCGAUUUGGGCUUGGUGAAGGUGGACAGGACCCAGGUUUUCCAAGAAGCACGACUAUUCAACAGCUCCCCUAUCCAGCCGCGAAGAUGUCGAAUCCUCCUUACCAAGAUCGCCCUCCUGCUCUACACGGGCGAGAAGUUCCCGACAAAUGAAGCGACGACCCUCUUCUUCGGCAUCUCGAAGCUCUUCCAGAACAAAGAUGCCAGCUUGCGACAGAUGGUUCACCUUGUCAUCAAGGAGCUGGCUCACUCCGCCGAGGACAUUAUCAUGGUCACUAGCACCAUCAUGAAGGAUACUGGAGGCAGCACCGAUAUCAUUUACCGACCCAAUGCCAUCCGGGCCUUGUGCCGUAUUAUCGAUGCGACUACUGUCCAGUCCAUUGAGCGAGUGAUGAAGACGGCAAUUGUCGACAAGAACCCCUCUGUAUCGUCCGCCGCCCUUGUUUCGUCCUACCACCUUCUCCCGAUCGCCAAGGAUGUCGUCCGCCGCUGGCAGAGUGAGACUCAGGAGGCUGCGGCCUCCACCAAGUCCUCUGGCGGUUUCUCCCUGGGCUUCUCCUCCUCGAGCGGGCAAUUGCCUGCGAACAACUCGACCAUGCCCCAAUACCACGCUAUUGGUUUGCUAUACUCGAUGCGCAUGCACGACCGCAUGGCGCUGGUCAAGAUGGUUCAGCAGUUCGGCGCGGCUGGCGCAGUCAAGAGCUCUGCCGCCAUCGUCAUGCUCGUCCGUCUGGCUGCCCAGCUCGCGGAGGAAGACCCGUCGCUCAGGAAGCCCAUGAUGCAGCUCCUGGAUGGCUGGUUGCGCCACAAGAGUGAGAUGGUCAACUUCGAGGCUGCCAAGGCCAUCUGCGACAUGCGGGAUGUCACCGACGCCGAGGUGUCCCAGGCUGUCCACGUUCUCCAGCUCUUCCUCACCUCCCCUCGCGCCGUUACCAAGUUUGCCGCUCUCCGUAUCCUCCACAACUUCGCGUCCUUCAAGCCCAACGCCGUCAACGUUUGCAACCCCGAUAUUGAGCUGUUGAUCUCCAACAGCAACCGGUCGAUCGCCACCUUUGCCAUCACCACGCUCCUCAAGACCGGCAAUGAGGCUAGCGUUGACCGCCUGAUGAAGCAAAUCACUGGCUUCAUGUCUGAAAUUACGGACGAGUUCAAGAUCACCAUUGUCGAGGCUAUUCGCACCCUAUGCCUGAAGUUCCCCAGCAAGCAGGCUGGUAUGCUGGCUUUCCUCAGCGGCAUCCUCCGUGACGAGGGUGGCUACGAGUUCAAGCGAGCUGUCGUCGAGAGCAUGUUUGACUUGAUUAAAUUUGUGCCGGAGUCUAAGGAGGACGCAUUGGCUCAUCUCUGCGAGUUCAUUGAGGACUGCGAGUUUACCAAGCUCGCCGUCAGAAUUCUGCACCUGCUCGGUCUCGAAGGACCCAAGACUUCCCAGCCGACCAAGUACAUUCGCUACAUCUACAACCGAGUGGUUCUGGAGAACGCCAUCGUCAGAGCUGCCGCUGUCACCGCUCUUGCCAAGUUCGGUGUUGGCCAGAAGGACCCCGAGGUCAAGCGCAGUGUCGAGGUGCUCCUCACCAGAUGUUUGGACGAUGUCGACGACGAGGUCAGAGAUCGUGCCGCUCUCAACCUCAGGCUCAUGCACGAGGAUGACGAGAUCUCUGAGAACAUGUUCUCGCUUCCGUACUUUGAGCACCAACUCGUUAUGUACGUCACUUCAGAGGACAAGUCCGCGUUCGACACGCCUUUCGAUAUCUCCCAGAUCCCCGUUGUUACCCGGGAGCAGGCCGACGCGGAGGACCGGACGAAGAAGCUCACGGCGACUGCCCCGUCGCUCAAGCCCCCCAAGGUCGGCCCUACGAAGACUGCUACCAGUGGUGCAGAGGCUGCCGCAUCAGCUACUGCUGCUGCUCAGCGCUACGCCCAGGAGCUGAUGCAGAUCCCCGAGAUGAAGGAGUUUGGCAGCGUGCUCAAGUCAUCGCCUGUUGUCGAGCUCACCGAGUCGGAGAUGGAGUACGUCGUCACCGUCGUCAAGCACAUCUUCAAGGAGCACAUCGUGUUCCAGUACGAAAUCAAGAACACGCUGCAGGCAACCGUUCUGGAGAACGUGUCAGUGGUGGCGACGCCAUCCGAGGAGGAGGAGCUCGAGGAGGUGUUCAUCAUCCAGGCCGAGAAGCUUCCCACGGACGAGCCCGGCAAGGUGUACGUGGCCUUCAAGAAGGUCGGCGGAGAGGGAUCGAUGCCUGUCAGCAGCUUCUCCAACGUUCUCAAGUUCACCAGCAAGGAGAUCGACCCCACGACAAACGAGCCGGAGGAGACUGGCUACGACGACGAGUACGAGGUCGCCGAGUUCGACUUGGCCGGCAGCGACUACGUGGUGCCGACGUUCGCCAGCAACUUCAACCACAUUUGGGAGCAGGUUGGCGCAUCCGGAGAGGAGGCCGAAGAGACGCUGCAGCUCAGCAGCAUGAAGAGCAUAGCAGAGGCAACGGAGCAACUGGCAAAGGUCCUGUCCCUGCAACCUUUGGAGGGUACGGAUGUGCCAGUCAACCAGACGACACAUACGCUGAAGUUGCUCGGCAAGACUGUUGGUGGUGGAAGAGUAGUUGCCAAUGUCCGGAUGGCGUACUCGUCCAAGUCUGGCGUUACGACCAAGAUCACGGUUCGCAGCGAGGAAGAGGGUGUGGCGGCGCUUGUUGUUGCAUCUGUUGCUUAA